UGAAACAAAAGGUCUGAAUCAUUAAACGCCAGUAGAGUGAGUUCUACUUUCAGUACUGUGUUAAAGUAUUCUCUGACUCCUGAAUAAUGUCUAAAUUUUGAUACUUCGAAAUAAACUGAAAAUGAAUCUUACUUUCGUAUGUGCAAUCGCAAUAGUGUUUGGCGUAGUUAAUUCUUCACUUCUCGUAGAAAGGGAUGAUAUAAAUGAGUUACCUGCCUCAAAAUAUAUCGAUGUCCAGACACGCUCAUCAAAUCUACUUGGAAGAAUACGCAACCUUUCGGCCGAAGCAUCUUCAGUGUGUAAUAUAUGUUCGGCCUUCGUUACUGACCUUAUAGAAUUUAGGAAGUCUGGAGCGAACAGGACCUCGGUUGUAGAGUUUUUAACCAACCUGUGCAUGGCGAUACUAGGAUAUAUUCCCAGUGUGUGUAAAACGUUCAGUGAAACAGAAACAGAUGUCAUCAUUUAUAUAAUCGAUAACAAAAAUAUUAAGCCCGAAGAAGUUUGUGGGGUUUACUUUCAAUAUAGCGGAUGUAUUAAUCCGUUUGCCAAAAAAUGGACAAUAGAUAUUCCUCCUCAUUCUGCAGAUUCUGUAAAGUUACAAAAAUCUAAUGGAAAUCUGCUGAAUAUUGUGCAAAUUACGGACGUACACUAUGAUCCGCUGUACAAAGCUGGUACCAACGCUAAAUGCGACAUGCCCUUAUGCUGUGAGGAGCGGAAUGGUAUACCGACAGAUCACCAAAAUGCAGCAGGUACUUUUGGUGAUUACAGAGUUUGUGAUAUGUCGAAGAACUCCCUGGUUGAUUUGAUGACAGUAAUAAGGAAAACACAGAAAAAAAUCGAUUAUGUUUAUUUCACUGGUGAUAUCAUCGCGCAUAAGAAUUGGGAAACCACCAAGGAAAGUAAUUUGGAGACAAUUCAGGAAUUCUACGCCCUUCUUUUGCAACACUUUGGAAAUAUAACUGUUUUUCCGAUUUUGGGAAAUCAUGAAGCCCAUCCUUGUAACUUAUAUGCUCCACUGAAUCUCCAAUCAGCCGAUAAAGUAAACACACAAUGGUUAUUCGAUGCAGUAGCGACUUAUUGGAAGAACUGGCUUCCUCAAACUGCUCUAGAUACCGUAAAACGUGGUGGGUUUUACACUGUUCUAGUGAAAUCUGGUUUCAGAAUUGUUGCUUUGAAUAGUAACGUCUGCUUUACAGAAAACUUUUGGCUUUUUUAUGAUGACGUGGAUCCCUACGAACAAUUGAAGUGGCUUGUUGAAAUUCUCUUAGAAGCAGAAAAGAACAAUGAAAAAGUGCAUUUGCUGUCGCAUAUCCCUCCAGGAGAAAUAAGAUGUCAUCGGCAAUGGCAGUACAACUUCAACAGGAUAGUGCAAAGGUUUGCUAACACUAUCAGCGCACAUUUCAACGGACAUACGCACGUAGACGAAUUCAGAAUUUACAAAAAUGAAAGUAAUCCGAGUCAAGUCGUCAAUGUGGCCUAUAAUGGAGGAAGUUUCACAACUUUUGUUGGUUUGAAUCCAGAUUACAGGGUUUAUGAGAUUGAUUCAACAAAUUUGAUGGUAUCUGAUUAUCAUCAGUAUACAUUCAACUUAAGUUUGGCAAAUUCUCAAGGAAGCAAAGGACCGGAAUGGUAUAAGUUGUAUUCAUUCAAAUCAGCCUAUGGACUGAAAGAUUUGGAUUAUGACAGUUUGUCUGAUCUACAUGAAAGACUGCAAUCCAAUCCUCAGCUUGCCAAGCAAUACGUUCAGUUCCAUAUAAGGGAAAGUGACUUUGCUUUCGAAAGUGGAUGUAACGCAACGUGCGUGGAGAGUCAAAUAUGUCACAUUUCAGCCGUUGAUGCUGAUGGAUCAAUUAAGUGUGGAGAAUUCAGUAUAUUUGCUCAAUAGUUUUUUUAUUGAUGAUUUUAGAUUUUUUAAAAUAUAUCUGAGUUUCAAUAGUUUA